ACAUCUGAGGUAAACAAAUCAACAGUUUCAGAUCGUUGUUAACUCAGAAUAUUUGUAUUUUAUUUCAAGUGCCGCCAUGGACAGCAUAAAACAAAUAACGGGCAAAGCAACCGCCCUCUCGGCAGCCAGUGCCCUCCAGAAAGCCAUCCGGCCUUUAAUUGACGCGAAAACCGGUUGCGGACAAUCGAAAUCCGGCUCAGCUGCAGCCACCAACGAAAUCGAACUACUCAAAAGCCUCUGCAAAUCGGACAAUCCACAAACAGCCCAACUGGCUGUACAGGCACUCGUACAGCUGGUCAACCGAGGCACCCUGGACCUGGCCCAGGUGUUGGCCAUUCUUGUGACCCUGCUGGCCGCCCAAAGUCCGGCUCAUUUCGCGGCGGUUAGCAACGGAAUCGUGGAGCUGCUGCUGCUCGACCUUCGUCGGAGAUGUUCCGCUCUGGGUUCGGCCAGAUAUGUUUGCCAGUUUGACAUCAAACCUCCGCAGCAUCCACUGAUUUUGCUGCUGGGCAGCAAGGACGUCGGCAGUAUGCUGUUUUUUGGCGCGAAAGUGAACGAGAUCUGUCUGCAUCACGACCAGGUGAUUCGUAAAAACAGUGUCGAGUUCCUUCGCCCUGUGUUCCUCUACAUUUUCAACAAUGUUUCCACAUUUCCGGAAACACUCAAAAUAUGGCGAACCGUGCUGAAGAGCGCAUCCACGGAUGAUGCUGCAAUCGAUCUGAUCUACGAAAUCAUUGCAUGGAGCAAGAUCAACUGGAGAAAAUGUCUGUUCACUAACAGCCUACUCUUGGAGGCAUUGGACACUUUAUCCGAUGACAAGCGAUUCAAUGCGCUGCGUGUCGAUCUUUGCAUGUGCCUUGCCGCCAUCACCAAAGACUUGGUGGCCUCAAACUACGAUCCGUCCGACAACUUCCUGCACAUUCUAUCGGUUCUCCACUCGAAAAAAGUCGGCGAUGAAAAGCGCUUAAAUUACAACGUCCUGCUGAUGAUUUUCGCUGACUUGCUGCAAAAUCUUGCCCCUGGUUAUGUGCUGGGGUUCUUGCGGGUCAUUCGAUUCCUACUCGGGAUCGGAUGUCACCGACUCAGCCGGCUGAUGAUCAUGGACGGAGUAGUUCAACUGUUGGGCCAACAAACGUUCAUUCAAAGCUACCUGGAAGACUGUGAUAACAUCUUGAACGCGAUUCUGAACGACCAACGGGAUAUUGUUGACGAAGCUGAAAAUACGCCGAGCAGAUCCUGGGCUUUGCACGCGGAUUUGGCCAAGUACCACCAGAUCAACGUUUGGUGGGCAUCCGUUCAAGACGAUCGGACAUCGCUGCAAACUUUCCUGAGCACCAUAUCCCAACAUUCCCGGUUUGACGAAAAGGUGCAACUGAUUCUGCGGGGACUGUUCUACAUGGAUGAACUGUCUCACGAUAACUGGAGGCAGGUGUUUGAUCAGCUGAUCGUGUUGUCCAAGAAGAGCGAGGAAAACUGUGCCCGGUUGAUGACCCCGAUGCUGUACUCCCUGGCAAAUGAUACCAAUCCGAGGAAGAAACUACUUCUGUUGCAACAUCUGGCCUCAAUGGGCGCCAAGGAUCACGUGUUGGGUGUGCUGAAAGCCCUCUCGAAGGACAUCGAUCGCGCAACGAGCUUGGAUUUGUACUUGCGGCUGUGGAAGGCGGAACCACGUACCUAUCCGUUUCUGUACGACAUUCUGAAGGACACGGCGGUCAGACCGCGGGAAGAUCCGUGGGAAGUUUCCUUCGCAAGGACUUUUACGAUUCGGGAGAUUUGCUUGAUCAAACCCCAGCAACACGGUGCAGACCUGGUGAACCUCUUUUCCGAGAUCCUGAGCCAUCCGGAAGAUGCAAACAAUGAAGCUGCCGUUGCGUUGGCCAUCGAUGCCAUUGCCGUUCUGUGUGAAAACCACGUCGUGAAUAUCGUUUCAACGUGGAAGGUUUUGGGCUUCAAGUUCUCCCAGGAAAAGCGCCCACGGAUCAUCCGCAGCUUGUGCAACUUUUUCUCGAACGUUCCCUCGAUCAAGGUGAACUCCAUUGAGCAGGAGAAGCUUGUUAACGAGAUCAUCACAACGCUGUGGCACUUUGUAACGGACUUUGACGAUCGUGAAGUGAUCGUAGCGGCUCUAGAGGCAUUGAAAUCCUUUCCACCGGAAAUGAUGAACAUAUUUCACGUUCCGGAUAUUUUCCGACAGAAGAUUCAGCUGCCAGAUAAGGACGACGAACGGUUGGAGGCCCGGGAGAUCCCCGGCGAGUGCUGGAUUCAGCUGAUACAGUACGUGAACCACAGUGCGAUUGAAGACGCCGGAGAUCUGGUCGCUCAUCACAUCCGCACCGAGAUACAGGCCUUCCGCGGAGGUGUCUACCUCACACCGGAGGGGCGUCCCGAACCGACAAGCUUGAAAUAUCUCCCGAACAAAACCAUUCUUGUGACCAUCAUCCAUCAUCUGAUCAACCAGAGCGACAAACGGGACGGCAACGAUCUUGUGCUCGCCAAUCUGCUAAGAGUCGUCGCAAAGAAAUACUCCAAACCAAUCCCUCCACUGAACUGGUGCUUCCUGCACGAUUACUUCCACCGCGGAGAGGAAAUGAAGAAGUUCUGCCUGCAAAUCGCGCUGAAGCAAAUGCCACACUCGGGCACGGCCAAACGGAUCGUGGAGAACUACCUCACGGAAAUGAUCGAAGGUGACAUGGUGGCGACCGACGUGUUGAUCAUCUUGGAAUCGCUCGAUGUUGUCACAGAAGCGACGAACGUGGACAUUUUUAAGAGAUUUGUCCACCUGGCGCUACAAUUCCUGCUGGAACGUUCCGAAGGAGGCCGUUUUGACGGUCCGGAUCCGUUCGGGCGUGCAGUUCCAUUCUUGAAAGUUGCGGUUCAGAAGACAUACCAAAAUGAUGAAAACUACGAGUACCUCUGCGAAACUCUGGAGAAUCUGUUCAGUCGGUUCGAACUUGACAGCAAGCUGUUCGAGGACUACAUCGGAGUGCUGGCUUUGCUACCGACCAGGCACCUGACCUCCCUCCUCAAACCAAGCACUUGGAUGGAUAAACGCAACGUGAGGAAGCUUAAGAAAGUUAUUCGACUGCAGUUUGUCAUUCAAUCGUACGAGAAUGUAAGUCCCGAAGUGCACCUGCUAGGGCUCAGUGACAUCCUGAAGACCGUCAUGCGGUUGGAGUUCGACGUCGCGAACGAGGUUCAGCGUUACUUUGGACAGUCCUUCGUCCAGUACAUCCUGAAGUUUGGCAGCCAAAAGGUUCUGACGGAAUGGAUCGUCGAGCUGAUCGGGUACAUCCAGUCUGACUUGGCCGAGCAGUCGAUGGUAAUGAAGGAAAUUAUGUUCAUGCUGGAUAUCUUCAUGAUGGUCGUAAUCGCUUUAUCCGGGUACGUCUGUUUGGCUGGAGAGAGUGCGCUCUUUGAGAACCUGGACAAACGGCUGUCUCUAUUCCCGGCUAGUCUCAUUAUGGUUUUCAAGCACAAUUUGUGGAGAGAAGUUGAAAAUAAGAUUUACGAGUUUCUGUAUCAUCUGUACAAUCACGCUAAGAUACCAGACAAACAUGCGAGCUGCUUCCGGAAUGCUCUGCUUUGCUGCAAGGAACAGUCCUACUUUCUGCAGCCCAAAGCAUGGCCGAAAUUUGUGGCACUUCGUCGGUUGCCAAAGGUUUGAGCUAAUUGUUACUUAUUUUUUCUUUUUGAUUUAUUUACACAUAAAUUUAAUAAUAAACAUUUUGCUUUAUCCUAAGAACA